CAGUCAUCUAGUGUAAUUAUAGAGAACCGGUUUUGAUCGAUUACCUUUUUCUAUGAGAAAGGUUUGAUUGAAAGAAGAGCACAAUCCAUGGAGCACGCGACAUUAGGUACGAGUCAAAUAUGGACCGAAAGAUGAUACGGAACGUUUUUGUGCAGAUGUUAUAACGAGGUAGCUAGCUAGCAAGCCAGGACAUUGGAUAAAUACAACAGCGUUGCAAGUGAAACACCUACAUUGCAGCUUGACAGCUACGCUUGGUCUGUCUUUGCGUGGAGUGCCUAUGGCGGAGUUUGGAGAGAACGACGGCUCAUCUCCAUCGAAUACUGGGGAUUUGGUGGCCUUUACCAGUGAUAAAACAGACGGGAAGACGCAGUGCGAAGUAUCUGUCUUCAAUGGGGACUGUGGGAUACCGGCAGACAUGGUUGGAUCAGAAUCUGUCGCCGUAACGUUACCUGACAGCCCAGUGCUUGAAACAGCCAACAACUCCUCUGUCGGAUUGGAUUCCAAAUCUGGAAUACCACGCAGGAGCAGCAUUAUAAAGGAUGGCUCCAGGCUGCGCAAAGAGAGGAAGAAGACGGUUUCCUUCAGCAGCAUGCCCACUGAGAAGAAGAUCAGCAGUGCGAGCGACUGCAUCAACGCCAUGGUGGACGGCUCGGAACUGAAGAAGGUCCGCUCCAACUCCCGCAUUUACCACCGCUACUUCCUCCUGGACGCUGACAUGCAGUCUCUAAGGUGGGAACCCUCCAAAAAAGAGUCAGAGAAAGCCAAAAUUGAUGUCAAGUCCAUCAAAGAGGUGCGGACAGGGAAAAACACAGAAACGUUUAGGACCAACGGAAUAUAUGAUCAGAUAUCAGAGGACUGUGCCUUCUCAAUCAUCUAUGGGGAGAACUAUGAGUCUUUGGACUUGGUUGCAAACUCUGCCGAUAUGGCCAACAUAUGGGUGACCGGGCUUAGAUACCUGAUAUCCUAUGGGAAACACACKRUGAAUAUGAUUGAYAGCAACCAGAACAACAUGCGCUCCUCCUGGCUCGGUGACCUCUUUGAGSAGGCUGAUGCKAACAACAGCAAGCARAUCAGUCUYUGUGCUGCRGUMCAGCUAAUUAAAAACCUAAACCCUGGWCUCAAAAARYUMAAGAUUGAACUCAAGUURAAGGAGUUUCACAAAUCUAAAGAUAAGGUGGGAUGUGGUGUGACUAAGGAGGAGUUCAUUGAAGUCUUUCAUGACCUUUGCACAAGACCAGAAAUGUAUUUCCUUCUUGUCCAGUUCUCUAGCAACAAGGAAUUUCUAGAUACCAAGGACUUAACUAUGUUUCUGGAGGCUGAGCAGGGUAUGGCACAAGUAAGUGAAGACACCAGUCUGGAGGUCAUUCAGAGCUAUGAACCUUCGAAAGAGGGGCAGCUCAAGGGCUGGCUCUCCCUUGAUGGGUUUACCAAUUAUCUCAUGUCGCCAGAGUGCCACAUKUUUGACCCUGAACAAAAAACAGUGUGUCAGGACAUGAACCAGCCCUUGUCCCACUAUUACAUCAACGCUUCCCACAACACAUACCUGAUCGAGGAUCAGUUUAGAGGCCCCUCUGACGUUACAGGCUACAUCCGUGCCCUCAAGAUGGGCUGUCGUAGUGUAGAACUAGAUGUCUGGGAUGGACCAGAUAAUGAGCCUGUCAUUUACACUGGCCACACAAUGACCUCGCAGAUAGUCUUCUGCAGUGUCUGUGACGUCAUCAACAAAUAUGCCUUUGUUGCAUCUGACUUUCCCCUGAUAUUGUGUCUGGAGAACCACUGCUCCUUAAAGCAGCAGAGGGUCAUGUUUCAGCACUUGAAAAAGAUUCUUGGUGAUAAGAUUUACAUGGAUCCACCUUCACCUGAGGACAGCUACCUGCCCUCACCCUUUGACCUCAAGUGUAAGAUCCUGCUGAAGGGGAAYAAGCUGGGCACGACCUGCAUUAGUUCGGAGGGCGAAGUGACUGAUGAGGAUGAGGGGGCUGAGAUGUCCCAAAGAAUGAACAUUGAACCCGAUGAACAACAGAGCAUCCCACUGAAAAAGUUCCAGCUGUCCAAGGACCUCUCUGACCUGGUAACGUUGUGUAAAUCGAUUGCGUUCAAAGACUUCCCAACAGCAUUCCAAAGCCAGAAGCACUGGGAACUUUGCUCGUUCAAUGAGGUCUUUGCCAGUCGCUGUGCCAAUGACUUCCCAGGCGACUUUGUUAACUACAACAAGAAAUUAUUGGCAAGAGUCUACCCCAGCCCAAUGCGGAUCGACUCCAGUAACAUGAACCCUCAGGACUUCUGGAAGUGUGGUUGCCAGAUCGUGGCAAUGAACUACCAGACCCCCGGCCUGAUGAUGGACCUAAACAUUGGCUGGUUCCGUCAGAAUGGGAACUGUGGGUAUGUGCUGCGACCAGCCAUAAUGAGGGAGCAGGUGUCAUAUUUCAGUGCCAACACUAAAGACUCAGUACCUGGUGUGUCUCCUCAGCUCUUGCACAUAAAAAUCAUAAGUGGACAAAACUUCCCCAAACCCAAAGGCUCAGGCUCCAAAGGAGAUGUUGUUGACCCUUACGUCUAUGUGGAGAUCCAUGGCAUCCCUGCUGAUUGUGCAGAGCAAAGGACUAAAACUGUCAAUCAGAAUGGGGAGAACCCACUGUUUGACGAAAGCUUUGAGUUUCAGAUAAACCUACCUGAGUUGGCCAUGGUGCGCUUCGUGGUGCUUGAUGAUGACUACAUUGGRGACGAGUUCAUCGGCCAGUACACAAUCCCCUUCGAGUGUCUCCAGCCGGGAUUCCGGCACAUACCGUUACAAUCGCUAACGGGGGAAGUCCUUCCCCACGCCUGGCUYUURGUCCAUGUGGCCAUCACCAACCGAAGGGGRGGGGGCAAGCCUCACAAGAGGGGACUGUCUGUGCGUAAGGGCAAGAGAAGUCGGGAGUACGCCACCAUGAGYGUMCUGGUCAUCAAGGCUGUGGAUGACAUCUUCAAGACAGCCAUACUGCCACUGAGGGAAGCCACCGACCUCAGAGAAAACAUGCAGAAUGCCAUAGUGCCCUUCAAGGAACUGUGUGGCCUCUCGGCGGUGGCCAACCUGAAGCAGUGCAUCCUGGCCCUGUCCUCCCGGCUGACGGGGGCUGACAACAACCCCCUCCUGGUGUUCAACCUCAAGGACCAGUACCCCACCAUGGAGCCCCAGGGCCAGCUACCAGAUGUCCUGAAGAAGGUGGUCACCACCUAUGACAUGAUGAUCCAGACCAGCAAGACUCUGCUGGAGAACUCUGAGGGAGCCUACGACCGAAUACUGCUAACCCAGAAAGCAGCGAUGGAGUUCCAUGAGAACCUCCAUGACAUGGCGGUGAAGGAGGGCCUGAAGGGCAGGAAGCUGGCCAAGGCUGUGGAGAGCUUCACCUGGAACAUAACCAUCCUCAAGGGCCAGGCAGACCUGCUGAAGCACGCAAAGAGUGAAGUCCAGGAGAACCUGAAGCAGAUCCACUACGCCGCCCUCACCUGUAACCUCAGUAAGGACGGGCCAUCAGGGAGCACGGCAGGCUCCGAGUCCAGGACCCGACRACGCAGCCUGGACGCCAUCCCCGAGAAAGCCACGGGGGAGGACGAGCUUUCUGGGGAGGACAACUGAAGGCUUAUGCCCUAAACCCUUCAUACCCCCAAGCACCUUGCCCUACCCCAGUGGCACUCAUACCCCCAAGCACCUUGCCCUACCCUAGUGGCACUCAUACACCCCCAAGCACCUUGCCCUACCCUAGUGGCACUCAUACACCCCCAAGCACCUUGCCCUACCCUAGUGGCACUCAUACCCCCCCAAGCACCUUGCCCUAACCUAGUGGCACUCAUACCACCCCAGCACCUUGCCCUACCCUAGUGGCACUCAUUCCCCCCCAAGCACCUUGCCCUACCCUAGUGGCACUCAUUCCCCCCCAAGCACCUUGCCCAACCCUAGUGGCACUCAUUCCCCCCCAAGCACCUUGCCCAACCCUAGUGGCAUACAUAAAUCUCCUUACCGCAGUCCCACACAAACCUAACUACAGUAUAACUGUUCUAGUGCCGUUGCCACACAACUAUUCUUAUUCCAGUGCRGUAUACAACCAUUCCAUUCCCACCCCAGUCCCACUCAAACCUCCCUUUGCUUAACCCCGUACCACACAAAAAGCCCUUAACCCUUUCUGCCCACCUCAACGUCCAACAGCAAGAUGUUGCGGGUCAACUAGGAGGGCCAUGUGAACUUGCAYCCACGSGACAGUCUUAAAGCAGUGAUCUACUGUAGAGACAGUGCACUUAUUUACAGGCAGACCCCAGGGUCUGACCCUAGGAGAGCCGCUCUGAACGGUCAAAGGAUUUCUUAAGCACAAUUUACYGGUUUCUGACCAACCAGAAACUAGAGCUGUGAAUGUAAUAGGAAACAGGAAGAGGAACAAUGGCGAGAAGGAAAGAAGAAAAGGGAGGAGAGAGCUGUUUACAAUAAUGAACUUGUUCAUGUUUUUGUCUGCCAAAAUAGUAUGUGUAUAUAUGGAGUUCUGUUACUUUUUUUCCAACGUGCUUCAUUUUAUUAUUGUAUUCUUGAGAAAUAAGAUUUAUUUUGUAAAGGAAAUGGCUCGUCCAUGAAACAUAACUAUUUUAUUUGUCUGUGCAGAUGUGAAAUUGAGGUGUCCUUUACACUUUCCCACUGGAGAGUUCCUUUGUCGAGACAGAGGGGCGGAUAGAGACUUUAAACCUCAGUGUGUGGUCCAAGGGUGGCAGUUGAGUCUUAAACACAACCAGCAACUGCUUUGGGAAGGAACCAUGGAGAGAGUAAUGCGUUAGGCCUACGUUUUGGUGUCAUUUCACCAUUCCAUGUGAGAGGGUUGAGUGGGAUGUACAAAGUAAUAAUAGCUUCUCAACCCGUCCUGGUAACAAACUAGCACCCUAUUCAUGAAUACGGUUUCAUAUAUGACUGUGCCUCAUUGCUACAAAUCAGUCAACAAAGGGGAUGGAUGGUGAGGAAAGAGACACUCUUCCUCUCAUCCAUCCAUCUUAACCUGCUUUUCCCCACCAGUUGCUUCUAGUUUUGUAUUUGUCCCCUGUUCAUUCUCUCCACAGUGCUGAAACAGUGUUGCUCCUAGUCAACUUUAGCCACCCACCACUACCUCUGGAUCUCACCACCAGUGUUUUAACUGGGCCCACACUGGGACCAAAAGUAYUUCAUGAACUUCAGUGUCGUGACAGUUGUAUUUAUAACUGUUAACCAUUUUUACAGAUGGAGGGGGGGGGGGAAAGUUUAACUGAA